AUGCAUCACCACCAACAGUCCUAUGGCGGUUAUCCCGGCCAGUCCUACCAACAGCAGGCGCCGCCGCCGCAACAGUCCAACCCGUACGGAUACAGCCAUUCACCGCAACCGCCGCAACAGCCCUACGGAUCGCCCGCGCCGCCGCACGGUUAUAAUGUACGUGGCAUGAUGUACUCCCUUCGUGAUAUUCUGGCGGAAUCACUGACAGCUGUCGCCCGGAAUUAUGGCCACCAAUCCGGCGGAGGUCCGCAAGCUCCUCCCACCGCUCCAGUCUCGUUCGGUCACGGCGCCCCGCAGGGGUAUAACUUCCAGUACUCGCGCUGCACUGGUAAGCGGAAGGCGUUACUGGUUGGAAUUAACUACUUCGGCCAGAAGGGUCAGCUUCGGGGAUGCAUCAACGACGUCAAGAACAUGUCGACCUACCUAAACCAGAACUUCGGCUAUGCUCGCGAAGACAUGGUCCUCCUCACCGAUGAUCAGCAGAAUCCCAUGAGCCAACCGACUAAGGCCAAUAUCCUGCGUGCUAUGCACUGGUUGGUCAAGGAUGCGCAGCCUAACGAUUCGCUGUUCUUCCACUAUUCUGGUCAUGGUGGCCAGACACCAGAUCUCAACGGCGACGAGGAUGAUGGAUACGACGAAGUGAUCUAUCCCGUAGACUUCCGGGUUGCCGGCCACAUUGUUGAUGAUGAGAUGCACCGGAUCAUGGUCCAGACCCUGCGCCCUGGAGUUCGUCUGACUGCCAUUUUCGAUUCGUGCCACUCCGGCUCCGCCCUGGAUCUUCCAUACAUCUACUCCACGUCUGGUGUGCUCAAGGAGCCCAACCUGGCCAAGGAGGCCGGCCAGGGUCUUCUGGGCGUAGUGUCGGCGUACGCGCGGGGCGACAUGGGUGGCAUGAUGUCCACCGCCAUGGGCUUCCUCAAGAAGGCCACCAAGGGCGACGAUGUGUACGAGCGCAACAAGCAGACCAAGACCAGCCCGGCGGACGUCAUCAUGUGGUCUGGCAGCAAGGACGACCAGACCAGUCAGGACGCCCAGAUCGCCGGCCAGGCCACCGGCGCCAUGUCGUGGGCCUUUAUCGCUGCCCUGCGGAAGAACCCCCAGCAAAGUUAUGUCCAGUUGCUGAACAGCAUCCGUGACGAGCUUGCGUCCAAAUAUUCCCAAAAGCCGCAGCUGAGCUGCAGUCACCCUCUAGGUCAGUCCAAGCCUUUCUUGUUUUUUGUCAGUUCCGCGAAAAUGCAUAGCUGA